UGCGUGACGUCAAUUAUUCCGCGUUGGCCUGGACGUGGCACCGAGGAGGAGCCGCUCUGUUGUCCGACUGAUCUGCUCUGAUCUCCGGCAGUUUCUCCUCCUGUUGUUCGGCUCUCUUGCGGCUUUCCUACGGCUCUUCUCCGGCUCGGACCAGCAGCUUCUCCCGGACUAACCGGCUGACAUUCUCCGCCGUCGGUUUUCACUCCUCCCGCCGCUGAACCGGGACAUUUUACUCAAGAUGGGUCUGACGAUCUCGUCGCUGUUCUCCAAGUUCUUCGGGAAGAAGCAGAUGCGGAUACUGAUGGUCGGUUUGGACGCAGCUGGAAAAACAACGAUCCUGUACAAACUGAAGCUCGGAGAGAUCGUCACCACCAUCCCAACUAUCGGCUUUAAUGUGGAGACGGUGGAAUACAAGAACAUCUGUUUCACAGUUUGGGACGUCGGCGGCCAAGACAAGAUCAGACCUCUGUGGAGACAUUACUUCCAAAACACACAGGGUCUGAUCUUCGUGGUGGACAGUAACGACAGAGAGAGAGUUGCAGAGUCCGCAGAGGAACUCUCCAAGAUGAUCCAGGAGGACGAGCUGAAGGAGGCGGUGCUUCUGGUUUUCGCCAACAAACAAGAUCUUCCCAACGCCAUGGGGGUCAGUGAACUCACCGACAAACUGGGUCUGCACAGCCUGCGCAGCAGAACUUGGCACGUCCAGGCCACCUGUGCCACUCAGGGUACUGGUCUGUAUGAGGGUCUGGAUUGGUUGUCCAACGAGCUGUCGAAACGUUAGAGCAGCUGGCAGGAAGCAGCAGCGACUGAUGUCAUCAACUGAUGUCACCGUGUACAGACUGAUGAGGAAGAAGAGGAGGAGGAAGAAGAGGAGGAGGAGCGUUUCAGGACUGUUUCUGUUUUUUUUAAAUUAUAAAUGUGUCGUCUCGGACUUUCCCAUCAUCCUCUUCUUCUUCUGGUCUUCCUCCUGUCGUCUCUGCAGAUGUUUGUUAGAUCUGUUUUUUCUUUUAAUCCGCAUGUUUUAAUUCAGAAUCAUGUGACAGGUUGUAAUGGAUGAGAGGGGCGGGGCUAGAAGCAGGUGUCAGUCACCUGUGGGUCAGGGGGCGGGGCCAGAAGCAGGUGUCAGUCACCUGUGGGUCAGGGGGCGGGGUUUACAACAGGUGAUAGUUACCUGUAGUUGGUGGGAGGGGCCAACAGCAGGUGACAGUUCAUCUGCAUUUGGGGGUGGGGUUUAUGAGAGGUCGCAGUUACCUGUGGUUGGUGGGAGGGGUUUGUGACAGGUGACCUGUCAUGUGAUGACUCAUUCCACAGAGCAGAACCUGAAGGCCUCAUCAUUCCGUAACAAUGUGAAGAAGAAGCAGAGAGACAACGAUGAUGCAAUAAAGGUUUUUUUCUUCUCAA